GCGUUUUGUUCUUUUCCAGCCUCAUCAGCGUCCGCGAAAGUCCGGACGCGCGUGUCCCGCUUGGACUCGACUGGAUUUAACUCUUUCCAUUGCCGUUCGGACCAUUUUCAAGGAAUUCAAUUCAUUUGGAGCAAUGAAAAAGAGCGAUGACGGACUUCUAAAGUUUACGCGCCAGAGGAAGCGGAAUUCGCUUUGAAAAUGAGUCAUUUUUAGAAUAAUUGUUAUUUUCCUGACUUGAUCAGCGUUUGUCAGCCCGUUUUGUGGUCGUGGUUUAUCGUUGUGCGCGGGGAAUGAUUCGGCGUGGUGUACAUCGACUGGAACGGAUGCUUUGGUGCGGUCGGUGAGCCAUCAGGACGCGGACGUAUGAUGUCGAAUUCUGCCUCGUCGCCACUUUUGAAAUAAACCACGAUGAUUUUGACAACUUUUGCCAUCCUCUUGUCCUUUCCCGACUUGGCGACCACCUCGAAGGGGGUGGACGGCGGGGGCGCGAGAAGCGGCGGCUUGGACUGCGUGAAGGCCAACGAGCAGUGCCUGAAAGAGGCCGCCUGCAGCACCAAGUACCGCACCAUGAGGCAGUGCGUGGCGGGCAGGCACAGCAGCAGCCUGAGCGCCGUGACGGCUCCGGAGGCGCAGGGCGAGUGCCGCAGCGCCAUGGACGCCAUCAAGCACAACCCGCUCAACGGCUGCAGGUGCCGGAGAGGCAUGAAGAAGGAGAAGAACUGCCUGCGCAUCUUCUGGAGCAUUUAUCAGAGUUUGCAGGGUAAUGAUUUACUGGAAUACUCUCCAUACGAGCCUGUCAACAGCCGCCUUUCAGAUGUCUUUCGUUUGGCUCCCAUCAUUGCAGCCGAGCCAGCGUCGUCCAAAGAGAACAACUGCCUGAACGCGGCCAAGGCGUGCAACCUGAACGACACGUGCAAGAAGUACCGCUCGGCCUACAUCAACCCGUGCACCGGAAGGGUGUCGGCCUCCGAGGUCUGCAACAAGCGCAAGUGCCACAAGGCCCUGAGGCACUUCUUUGACAAGGUUCCCAGCAAGUACAGCUACGGGAUGCUGUUCUGCUCGUGUCCGACGGGAGACGAGACGGCGUGCGCCGAACGCCGCCGCCAGACCAUCGUGCCCGCUUGCUCCUAUGAAGACAAGGACAAAAGCAACUGCUUGUCGUUGCAAAAUGCCUGCAAGACCAACUACAUCUGCAGGUCUCGCCUGGCGGAUUUCAUCAGCAGCUGUCAGCCGGAAACUCGCUCGGUUUCAGGCUGUUUGCGGGAGAACUACGCCGACUGCCUGUUGGCCUACUCGGGCCUCAUCGGUACGGUGAUCACGCCCAACUACGAGCGCUCACUAGGAAUCAGCCCAUCACCUUGGUGCGACUGCGUCAGCAGCGGCAACGACAAACCCGAGUGUGACAAGUUCCUCAACUUCUUCACCGACAACCGAUGCCUGAGGAACGCCAUCCAAGCGUUCGGCAACGGUACCGACGUAGGCGUGUGGCAGCCGCCCGUCGAGCCUACGUCAGCGCAGACCAAAGACGACGACAAACCGGAUCUACACGCCGACCCGUCCUAUCAAUUUUGUGGGACAUUACAGGCCCAAAAACUGGCGUCCAAUCGUACUGAGGAUUCUACUUUAUGUGAAACGGGCGACUCCAACGCCAUCGCCAGAAGCUCGUCGCGGGAAGUCCCGCGUGCUUACAACUCACGUCUUCUCUUCGCUUUGACCUUGGCGCCGACGUUCCAGCUGGUUGGAAUCACCUUCUUGUAGAGGAUUGUCGGUAUGCCAACAAAUAGGACCUAUAAACUUUUUGAGGAGGUUCUCUUUUUAGAUGUUUUAGCAGAUGCCCAAGUGUGGAUCUCUUUCAAAUUUCCACAUUCGCGUGCUGUGGUUUGUCUCAUCAACCCUACAUGGAAUCGUUCAAUGAGAAGACGACCAGUCAGGUUUUGCUGUGGAAGUUAUUAUCGACAAAGAGAGACGCAAUGACUUUGGACACCUGAACAGUUUUUCUCAAACUUUUGGGAUCCAGGGAGCACUUGCAACAGAACUUUCACAUGUACAUCUAAAUUCUAAGAAGAAUAUUCGCCAAUCACGUUUUCGAUUUUUCCGAUGAAUCUGAUUCGAGAAAUACUUACAUGAAUUAUGAUUGUUUGCUCUGUAACAUGUCAGAAAAUGACCAAAAAUGUUGAUAUGGUUGAUGUUUGUAAAAGUCUGUUGUCAUGAGAUGCACUGUUGAGAGACUGAAAUACAGACAAUUUAAAGAUUAGUCAGAUCUUUGAACUAAUUUACUGCCACUGACAGUGAUAGACUUCAAAUCCAUUUGAACUGGGAUGGCUGGCAUUGGGGGAUCAUGUUUCACUGCUAUUUAGGGCAAUAGACAUCCAAUCCAUUAUUGACUGGGUCAGUCAAAGUUGACUGGACGUCUAUCGCCGUCAGUGGCGGCCAAUGAGUUAACCCUUUAAGGUCUAGGGGGCCUUCAGUAGGAGAGAAUACCGUAAAAAAUGUGAAUAGAAACUCUCCUUUUCAUUAAACACUUUCACAUGAAUCGAUUUUUUAUCCCCUCCCCCCAAAAAAAACAGAAAACAAAAAUUCCUUCAAACAGGAGAACUUGAAUUUUACAGUCAUGUGAAAAAAUUAGGACGCCCCUUGAAAUAUUCGCUUCUUUAUUAAAUGCUCACAUUUCAGUGUCUGAUCUUGUUUUUCUUUAUCUCUGGAAAAGAAAUUGAUUUCAUUGCAGGUAAACGACAAAAAUUAACAUUGUUUUACCCAUUAAACCAAAUAUAUCAACAAAAAUGCAUAUUCUAACUGAGGAAAAAGUUAGGACACCCUACCACCUAAUAGCGAGUGUUACCCCCUUUGGCUGAAAUAACUUCAGUGAGACGCUUUUCGUAGCCAUCUACCAUUCUUUGACAUCGGUCUGAAGAAAGUUUGCCCCACUCCUCAACGCAGAAUACUUUCAGCUGUGAGAUGUUUCAGGGGUUUCACCCCACAGCCUCUCAAUGGGAUUAAGAACUGGGCUUUGACUCGGCCAUUCCAGGACCUUGGUGGAUUUACUGGUAUGUUUUGGGCCAUCGUCAUGUUGCAGGGUCCAGUUUCGCUUCAGUUUUAAUAUUUUCACAGAUGAUCUCACAUGUUCUUCAAGCACCCUGUGAUACACGAUAGAAUUCGUGGUGGAUUCUGUAAUUGUGAGCUGGCCAGGUCCUGCUGCAGCAAAGCAUCCCCAAACCAUGACACUUCCACCUCCAUGCUUCACAGUUGGUAUGAGGUUCUUUUCCAGGAAUGCUGAAUUGGGUUUGCGCCAAACAUGUCUUCUGUUCUGAUGUCCAAAUAAUUCAAUUUUAGAUUCAUCUGUCCAAAUAACAUUAGUCCAGAAGUCCUUGUCUUUGUCUACAUUCACUCUGGUAAACUUCAGUCAGGCCUUCAUGUUUUUCUUGGAGAGCCAAGGCACACCACCGAUGAAGGUUAAACUUGUGAAGUCUCUGUAUGAUUGUACAGGCAUGUACUUUCACAUCAACAGUAGCAAGGGCCUGCUGUAGGUCCCGUGAUGACAUUUUAGGGUUUUUGGAGACUUCUUUUAGCAUCUUGCGGUCUGCUCUCGGGGCAAACUUGCUUAGACGGCCAGACCUGGGUAUGUUGGCAGUUGUUUUGAAUGUCCUCCACUUGUAGACCAUUUUCCAGACAGUGGAAUGGGUGAUUUUAGAUUCUUUUGAGAUUUUUUGACAUCCCUUACCAGACUCAUAAGCAUCAACAAUCUUCUUUCUGAAGGCCUCAGGCAGCUUAUUUAAUCUCACCAUGGAGUUUUCUCUCACUUCAACAGUCAGGGGCACACCAAACUAAAUGUGAGGUUUAAAUAAGGCAAGCCUACUCCAAAACACUGGGUAAUGAUGUUCUAAUCGUGUCAACCUGAUGUGAUACACUUGUGUGUGAUUUUAGCCAUUUUAAAUGGGAUUAAAUGUGGGGGUGUCCUAAUUGAUUUCUCAACAGAAAUUGCAUUUAUUAAAAAUUACAUUUUACAGAAAGGUAUAAAAUAUCUUUUUUUCAGUUUUAAUUGUUUAGUUUUACAACUUGAAUCUCUCACGAUUGUUAAAAUUGAUAAUAAGCAUCCAUACGGCCAUCUAUGUUAGAAAACACACAGGCUUCCAUUGGGUGGACUAAUUUUUUUCACAUGGCUGUAUAUAGCUUACCUUUUGUCAUAUAUUAGGUCAACUUUGUCAUCCAGUUAGUUGGUUGGAAAAACAUUUUGUAAAUAUCAAAACAAAGAAGAUCAUCUAUAAUGCCGAUUUAAGCAUCUUCAGAGAGAGCUAUCAUUUCUUGAAACAAAAAUAAGGCUAAUUACGCCAGUCGCGAUGGUGUCAUGAGGGAAACUUUGUUCAUUAGUGCUUACCAGGGGCUUGGCUCACAUCUGGAAAUGAGGGCAUCUCUGGCACACGGUCCAUUCAAUAGCUCAGUACUUCUCUAUUUUCUGUUACGUCAGAAUCUGGUAAAGAUUAGCAUGAGUUAGCAUCUAAACUAGCAGAGUUUUGCUAUGCAAGUUAGCCAAUUGUUCUGUUGUUGUACUUCGAUCCUCAUUUAUUUAUUUUUUUAUAUUGUUUGAGGCUAAGCUCAGGCGCUAGUUGAGUCAACAUUGAAGUAAAGAUCAACUAAAUCCUGAUUUAUCAUUUUUAGCACAGCAAAACUGCUGGUGUCCGAUGCACGCCCGAGCUUAACCUCAAACGAUAUAAAAAUAAUAAUAAUAAUAAUAAUAAAUAAAAGGAUGUUACAAAAGAACAAUUGGCUAACUUAGCAAAAGUCCGCUAGCUUAAAUGCUAUACAAUGCUAAUAUUUACCAGAUAGUUUCUAGUACGCACUAGAAACAAUCUGGUACGCAUCACAGUUUCUGGUGCGUACCAGAUAGUUUCUAGUGCGCACCACAUAAUAUGUGGUGUGUACCAGGUAGUUUCUGGUGCGUACCAGAUAGGUUCUAGUGCGCACCACAUACUAUUUGGUGUUAACCAUAUGGUUUAUAUUCAUUUUAUUCCUUUCAAUGUCCCUUUAGGGGCUCCAUACCUUUGCGUUGGUGUGAGGUUAUUUUGUACUGAGCAACUUGGUAUGCCACCCUAUAUGAUGCUAACAGUGCUCGCUCGGUAUACUGUCACAAUUAACUCGAGUAAUCGGAUUAGAAAAAAAGAGUCAAAUUAAAUUUUGGUGCUUCGAGUAUUUGUUUAAUUAAAGUGGUGCUGUAAUGGUUUGUUUUGAAAGUGAUUGCCUUGAGUUUUAUUGAUUUAGGUGGAUACACUGCUCUCUAGUGGCAAUAGUGAAUAUAACUCAUGUCACAUGGCGGAAUCCAGCUACUCCCUGUUAAGACCAACAUAAGCUAAGUUUUUGUUUGAGCUAAUGUUUUUUAAUGCAUUUGUAAUUUUAGUUUAUAUAUAUGGCCGUUUAUUGUGGGAAUAUGUGUUUGAACCAUUUGUUCAGAGCAUUGUACAAAAAAAUAAAUAAACGUUAGCAUUUUAUAGCAUUUAAGUUAUCAGACUUUUGCUAUGUAAGUUUGCCAGUUGUUUCUUUUGUUGUACUUACAUCCUCAUUUACUUGUUUAUUUUUAACCGUUUGAAGCUCAGCUCAGGUAUUUUAAUUUUUUAUGUUCCUUAUCUGAUUACUCGAUUUUUUGAACUAGUUCAUCGAUUAAUCGACUACUAAAAUAAUUGAUAGCUGCAGCCCUACUUGCUGGUUUACCGAUGUAAGACUGACAAAGCGGGACGAUUGUUGGCAAUAUUUGGCACAUUUUCGCUGAAAAAAAUUCUAGUGGCUUAUCAAUGUGAUCAAGGUCUAAUGUCUUUAAGUGACUUUUUAAUCGGGUUGGCUUCCAGCUGUGCGCUUCAAAAAAAUGUUUAGAUACUUUAUUAACAGUCAAAGCAAAACGCUACAUUCAUAUUUCGUCUUAGCUCUUCAUAUCUCCAGUGCUCUUUGCGGUGUGCUCUUGUUUGGUUCAAAAACACAGCAAAAAAGUAUAUUCCCCGAGCUUACAUGCUGUCCCACUAUUUGAGAAGUACUGCAGUAUUUCAACCAAUUCGAAACCCUAACCUUAACCACGACCCCGUCAACAAUCUGCAACUGUGCCAUACAGCCAGACACGCCUCCAUUUCCAGAUACAGUUGAGAAUGUGUAUACAUUUACUGUAUGUCUACAUUAUUUCUGGGCUGUUACAUGAACAAGCACAGUGGAAAAACAAAGGAAUUAUUGUCGGCAGUACUUUGAAAACGCGUCCUUGUCAUCAUUUACAAUGUGAAAAUAACUUCAAUGUAAAAAGUCCAAUUAAACAGAAACAUGUUUUUGCAAAAAUGUCUCCACUUAUUAUCUGCUGGAAACGUGGGUUGGGGAAUUUUCCACCAUUGUCAGUCACAUCACAUCAAACGACAAGGACGCCAGCCCGAGUAGAGGACAGACGGAGAU